AUGAUAAGGACUGAAGUUGAAUGGAGAAAUCAAACGGCCAUCACAGAAUUUAUCUUCCUGGGAUUCGGGGAUCUCCCUGAGCUGAAGCUUCUUUUCUUCCUGCUGUUCCUAGUGAUCUACAUCGCAACCAUGGCUGGGAAUGUCCUCAUUGUUGUCCUUGUUGUGACUGAUCAGCACCUUCACACCCCCAUGUACUUCUUCCUGGGGAACUUGUCCUUCUUGGAAACCUGCUACACCUCCACCAUCCUGCCCAAGAUGCUGGCCAGUCUCCUGACUGGGGAUCGGACCAUUUCAGUCAGUGGCUGCCUUACACAACUGUUCUUCUUUGGUUCUCUGGCAGGUACAGAAUGCUAUCUUCUAGCAGCGAUGUCUUAUGAUCGGUAUUUAGCGAUAUGUAAACCCCUGCACUAUUCAGCUCUGAUGAAUACCAGGUUUUGUCUCCAGUUGGCUGCUGGGUCAUGGUUCAAUGGUUCUUUGGCUACUGCCAUCUUUAUAUUAUUCAUGUCACAGUUCAUAUUCUGUGGCCCGAAUGAAAUUGACCAUUUCUAUUGUGAUUCCGGCCUAUUGGUAAAUCUUGCUUGCGGGGACACACGCCUUAUGGCAUUGUUGCCUUCUGUCCUAGCCUGUGUAUUCACUCUGCCUCCAUUUCUACUAACCUUGACAUCCUACGUGUGUAUCAUCACCACCAUCCUGAGAAUCCCUUCCAUCACUGGGAGGCAGAGGGCCUUUUCCACCUGCUCUUCUCACCUAAUUGUGGUGACAAUUUUCUAUGGGACCAUAAUGAUUGUCUACAUGCUCCCAAAACAUGAUACACCGAGAGUGCUAAAGAAAGUGCUCUCUCUUUGCUACACGGUCCUCACUCCUCUGGUAAACCCUCUGAUCUAUAGCCUGAGAAACAGAGACUUCAGGGAAGCCUUCAGCCGAGCAGUCAGUAAAUAUGUGGCUUUCACAAAGAAUGUAGAGAUGGGUAGAUAA